AUCGGGGCGGCGCCUUACAAAUGACAAAAUGACAGGGAGAUCGACCUUCCCAUUCGUUCUUCUUCCUUUCCGCCUCACACCUCCUUUGCAAACACCUCGCCCCACACACCACCUUCUCCUGCAUCCUGCAUACACUUCACAGCAAAGCAGAUUCUCACGAUGUCAUCCACUGCCCCCGCUGCCACCACUCCCUCCUCGACCCCGAUCGGGAAGGACGGCAAACCUCUCAAGCCAUGCUGCGCAUGUCCCGAGACCAAGAAGGCCCGCGACCACUGCGUCUUCACCAACGGCGAGGAGAACUGUCUUGAGCUCAUCAAGGCCCAUCAGCAGUGUCUCCGUGAUCUCGGCUUCAAGAUCUAACCCAAGACAGCAGUAGUGCCGUGCCUAGCACCCCCAACACCCACCGGGCAACACAAAGCAGCAGCAGCGACAGAGACGGCAACCCUUCAGUUGCGUCUCCAGACAUCCAUGCCGACAUUCUCUUGUGCCCGGUCCAUCCAAUCUUUGUCCUCUCUCUUUAUAGACCUGCCUACGUUAUCGUUUUUCCCCUGCAUUAUUAAACUCUUACUUUUGUUGUUGU